UUCUCCAUGCCCGCCCUGCCAGGGCCGCUUGAGGACGCCUCCAUCCUCUCUGCGCACCUCUGGAGAAAGCUUGAGGGAGCAGUGCAUCUGCAGGUGUUCCUGGCCAUCGGCCUCUCUCUCCUCUGCUUCUGCCUUCUCCUCGGCUGCGCGAUAUGCUGGCACCAGCGCAAGAAGCACCGCCUCGAUGGCAGGAAAGCUCGGGCACUGGGCCGAGUGCUGGCAGAUCCGAGGCCCGGUUUCCCUUCCCAGGUGACGGCCGUGGCCAUCCAGCAGAGAGGCAUGGAGAUCGAAGGGGAUGUUCCGGAUGCCCAGGCUGCCACAGGUGCUGAUCCAACAGGUCCACCCGGCCACGUGGGCCCACACAAGGGCGCCCUUCAGGGCCGUGCCUCCCUUCCCAGCCAACCCCUCUCUCAGAAACUGAGCCUGCCAGUCCAGCCGCUUCUCGGCUGGCAGCGCCGACGCACCAUCGCUGGCACCAGCGGGUUUGCCGAGGAAGGCAGCUGCCUCUGCAGCCCCACACCAGGCACUGGCAUCCCCCGGUCUUACACCGAUCCGAGGGGCCUCUCCAGCCCCGUUGCCAAGCCGCGGCCUCACCUCUGCUUCACAGUAUUCUAUGCCCAGCCCACGGCCACCCUGGCGGUGACGGUGGUUGGCGUCUCCCACUUGCCCAAAGGCCUCCGGGCCGGCCGGGAUUCCUACGUCAAAGUCUACCUCCUCCCAAAGUUUGGGGAGCCCCAGCGCACCACGUUGCACCGCAAGAGCCUGAACCCCGAGUUCCAGGAGCAGUUCCACUUCAGCCGCUGCAGCCCCGAAGAGCUGCCGGGCCUCACGCUGCGCUUCACUGUGCACGCCAAGGAGUUCCACAGCCUCAAGCACUCCUUCCUGGGGGAGGUGAUCUUCCCAUGCGCCGAAGUGGCCUGGAGCCGGGGCGUUUCUUCUGCCUAUGCGCGGGAGCUGUCAGCCACCAAAACCAAACUCAAGAAGUGCUUCAGCGCCCAGGAUGUGGAGUCUGCCGUGCGGCUCUCCCAGCCCUGGUCCAUGGGCCAGCUCUUCCUCCUGCUCCAGUACCAAGCUCUGGCCAACCGCAUCAAGGUCCUGGUUCGCAAGGCAGACAACCUGGGGCGGCUCAGUCGCAUCCCAGGGACACCAGAUCACUACGUUAUGAUCCACCUGUACCACGAUGGCAAGGUCAUUGACACGAAGGAGACCAAGCCCAUGCCGGGCUACAGUCCCGUGUGGAACACCCCCUUCCUCCUCAGCGUCCCUGCCGGAGGAGACAUCCAGAAGCAGCCGCUGUCCCUGGAGUUCACCGUCAUGCAGGCUCGCUUCACCCGCACGUGCGCCGUGGGUCGGGUGCUGAUCGGCCCCGAUGCCCCAGCGAUGGGGCAGGUCCACUGGAGAGAGAUGUGCAGCCGGGGAAACGUGGAAUCCGCCCGCUGGCACUCGAUCCAAGCCGGAGGCGUCCCGCCCUGCCCUUGACGCCCACGCCCGGC